GAAGAAAUAGUUUAUGUUUUAUUUGUGAACAUAUUAGCUAAUGUUUUGUACGUGGAAGAAUGUUUAUCUUUAAAAGCUUUAGAUUCGAUCAAUAGGCAUUGAACAUGUACAUACUCUGCACAAUGAUCCUUCUAUCCAUAACCUUGGUUGUUUUUGGUCAACUGGUCAGUGCUGAUCAACAACAACAGUUGGCUUUGUCUUCGGCCUCGUCAGAUUUCUCUCAAAGACUUUACCAGAAAGUUGCUCUGGACAGGUCUAAUGUCGUCUACUCACCUUACAGCAUUCACUCACUUUUGACAAUGACGUCACUUGGGGCAAGGGGAGACACUGCGACUGAGAUGAAGGACGUGCUCGGUAUUACUUCCCUUGGUGACUCCGUUCAUUCGAUUUACAGGGAGACAAUUCAACAGUUGAAUUCACAAUCCAACGUUCAACUUCUGACCGGAAACGCCAUCUUCAUCAAUCCUAGCUAUCCCAUAGUGCCAGAGUUCAUUCAGGAGACUUCUGAUAAAUAUUUGGCUAAAGCAGACAACAUUGACCUGGACGCCAACGGAGGACCAGAAGAACCAAUCAACGAUUACAUUGAGAACAAAACGGAACACGUGAUAAAGGAUUUACUAGAACCAGGAAGCAUAGACGACUUAACAGUGAUGCUGCUCGUCAACACACUCUUUUUUAAUGGCACCUGGGCCUCGCCUUUUGCCAAAUCACAAACAAGAAAGCAAGAUUUUAAGCUUCUGGGUGGCACUGUAAAACAGCUGGACAUGAUGCAUGGGUCUGAAAGGAGAACAUUCAUGAAGAAAGAUGACGUCAAUAACGUCGACGUAGCCGAGAUUCCAUUUAGAGGCAGACGAUUUGCCUUGUACAUUGCGCUACCACGUGCCUGUGAUGGCAUCACUGACCUAGAGAAUCUUCUCCAACAACCUGGCAAGGUCGAUGAGCUUUUCACUGGCCUACAAUUUAAUACUGUUGAGAUGACCAUUCCAAAGUUCAGAGUUGAAACCAAAUUGGAUCUUGAAGAUGUUUUGUUUGAUAUGGGAAUGGUGAAAGCUUUAUCAGAAGUACAGGCAGACUUGAGCGGAAUAUCACAAGGAGUCUACAUCAGUAGGGUCAUUCACCAGGCGGUCAUUGACGUCCAGGAAUCUGGCACAGUCGCAGCAGCAGUCACUGUUGGCGAGAUGUCCUUUUUUUCGAUACCUGUUAUAGUUCCCUUCAUCGCUGACCAUCCGUUCCUUUACUUUCUGAGGGACAAAGAGACUGGACAGAUACUCUUCCAGGGGAAAUUUUCAGGCUGAAAUAUUUAGGCGAAUCGUUUGUAAUGGAUAAAUCUAAGAAAACAAAAAAUUCUCUUUAACAUGUAAA